CUAUGCUAUGCUGUUUUAUUGUUUUAACAUGUUCCAUGUAUCUUGCAUCUUGUUGUUUUCCAACAACUCCAGACAUCUCUAAAAGAGAUGGGAUUGCUCUGUCAGUUCAGUAGGAGCUGCUCUUAGAUCCUUUUCUUCCUCCAUCCUUCUCUCUCAAACACGGAUCCACCUUGUAUCCUUUAUAAAGCCCCCCUGUUGCUUAUGUCUGAAUGAUCACAAAGCAAAGCCAUGGCGGUUGUGAAUGGGGUCAAGAAGGAGCUUCCUAUAAUUGGGUUCAAAAGGUCAAGGAGCUCACAGAUUCAUCGAACUACCCUUGCCUCUGUUGAAUCCUUAACUAUGCCUCUUAUCCAGGAAGUUGUCAUCUCUGCAGAUUUUCAGUGUGUUGAAUGCCAAAAGAGAAUAGCUGCUAUAAUUUCAAGAAUGAAUGCGGAGAUGGAGUCGGUGGAAGUGAACGUGUUGGAGAAGAAGGUAACACUCACUUGUAGACCCACAAGUCAAGUUGCUGCCAUAUACAGGAACCCAUUUCGCAAAGUUGCUCUGAUCAAGCAGAUAUUUUGCAAUUCAUGGUGAUGAUUUCCAGUCAGAAACAACAGGAUCCAACAAGCUAUAUAUGACCGAUGUGCUUGUUUUGAAUACUCGUGUAAAUAUACAUCACUAUGUAUAUGAUAAAAGAAAAUAUUCGAUCAACUACUUUUUCAUCACAAAAAUCAACUAUAUUGAAUGCUAUAUAUUAAGUAGAAA